AUGUCAAAUACCACAUCCCAGGCAGCCUCCUCUUUCACAUCACCAUCCAUUCAAGAUAUAUCCUCACCAUAUUUCCUUCAUUCCGUUGAUCAUCCUGGUGCCAUUCUGGUCUCCACUCUCCUUAAUGGUGAUAAUUAUCCUACCUGGAAGAGGGUGAUGAAAAUGGCCCUGAAUGCCAAAAACAAAUUGGUUUUUGUUGACGGUACUCUCUCCAAGCCAACAUCUUCUGUCCCAGAUAUUCAGCUGUGGGAACGUUGCAGUGACAUGGUCUUAUCAUGGAUUCUCAAUUCCAUUGAUAAAUCCAUUGUUAGCAGUUUAAUCUACCAUACUUGCUCCCGUGAUGUCUGGCUCGAUCUUGAUGAUCGGUUCUCUCAAAGCAACAAUCCAAGGAUCUUCAAACUGAAACGCGACAUUGCUACUCUCACUCAAGGUUCCAUGACAAUCUCUGCAUACUUUACAACACUUAAAAGUCAUUGGGAUGAGCUAGCCAUGCUUACUCCCACACCACAAUGCAUUUAUGGCAUCUUAACAGAAUUGAAUCACAUGCAAGAUACUGAACAUGUUUUUUAG